GCAGCACUAUUAACUUGGUUGGGAUUAAACACAGGUUUCCUUUGAGAUUAAGGGAUUUUUAUUUAUGAACUCAUUUUGUAUGUUAAUUUUCUUUUUUCACCAAUGGACUGCUUUCUCAAGUACCAAUGCCAUUUUAAAAAUAAGAGGAUAACUGAAUUCUGCUGCCAUGGGUGAAGUACACAUGUGAUACUGUUUCUGUGGUCUACUGCAAUACACCAAUUUAAUUUGAUUCCUGUCUUGGAAGAGGCCAGUGUUUCACGAUGAACAAGCUACGGCAGAGUUUCCGUCGGAAGAAAGAUAUCUACGUGCCGGAGUCGAGCCGGCCGCACCAGUGGCAGACUGAUGAGGAGGGCGUGCGCAGCAGGAAGUGCAGCUUCGCAGUGAAGUACCUGGGCCAUGUGGAAGUGGACGAGUCCCGAGGAAUGCAUAUCUGUGAAGAUGCUGUGAAGAGACUGAAAACGGACAGGAAGUUCUUCAAAAGCUUCUUUGGAAAAGCUGGAAAGAAAGCAGUGAAGGCUGUCCUCUGGGUAUCAGCGGAUGGACUCCGCGUCGUUGAUGACAAAACAAAGGACCUAAUUUUAGACCAGACAAUAGAGAAGGUGUCUUUCUGUGCCCCAGACCGGAACUUCGACCGGGCAUUCUCCUACAUCUGCAGGGAUGGUACCACUCGCCGCUGGAUCUGUCACUGUUUCAUGGCAGUCAAGGACUCUGGGGAGCGUCUGAGCCAUGCGGUGGGCUGUGCCUUUGCCGCCUGUCUGGAGAAAAAGCAAAAGAGAGAGAAGGAGUGCGGGGUGACGGCUACCUUCGACGCCAACAGAACCACCUUCACCCGCGAGGGCUCCUUCAGGGUCACCACGGCAACGGAGCAGGCUGAGCGGGAGGAGAUCAUGAGGCAGAUUCAAGACGCCAAGAAAGCUGAAGCAGAUGUGAAGACCCUCACUCCCCCAAGUACAAACACAAAUACUGCUGCUGCUGUGGUGAACUCAAUGGCUCCAACUCCCACCCCUCCCUCUCCCUCCUCGUCCCCCCCAGCAGCCGGCCCACAGGACAACAACCCCCACGCCAUCCCUCGCCGCCACGCCCCCGUGGAGGCCCUCGCUCGCCAGGGCUCCUUCCGAGGCUUCCCCGCCCUCGGCCAGAACACCUCCCCCUUCAAACGACAGCUUUCCUUGCGCAUGAACGAGCUGCCCUCCACUAUGCAGCGCAAGUCAGACUUCCCCAUCACGAACUCUGUCCCUGAGGUUGAGGGGGAAGCCGACAGUAUCAGCUCCCUGUGCACCCAGAUCACCACUGCCUUCAGCGGCCCCCCUGAGGACCCCUUUUCAUCAGCACCCAUGUCCAAGCCUGCCUCCUCUCCACAGUCUCCUGCUGCUCAAGUUAUUGGUGCUGCCUCUGCCCUCCCCCUGCCUAUUGCUAACCCAGUCAGCACUGCCGCUGUGGUGGCGGCAGCAGCACCACCACCAGCACUGCCUGCCCGUGACACAAACCCCUGGGCUCUGGGACCCAGUGCCACUGCUAACCCAGGUGGAAAUUGGGUGAAUCAGUCAGCAAUGGCACCUACACUUCCCAGUGCAGUUGCACCACCACACCUGACUCACAGGAGAACCCCCUCGGAGGCAGACCGCUGGUUAGAAGAGGUAUCCAAGACGGUCCGAGCCCAACAGCAGCCAAGCGUAAACCCUGUUGGUAUUGCCAUGCCUUUGCCAGCACAGCCCUUUCCUACCAACACCUUCAUGGCUCCACCGCCAGCAGCUGUGCCUAUGAUCCCCCCAAGACAGCAGCCUGCCUUCCUCCCUCCUUCCCAGGGCUAUUCUCUGGCGAAUGGGAUCCCGUAUGGGCAGCCCAGCGUCCCUGUGGUGGGCAUCACCCCCUCCCAGAUGGUGGCAAAUGUCUUUGGCACUGCCACACACACCCAGGUGAUCUCGCAGCCCUCUCCAGCUAACUUCCCCAAACAGAAUUCGUUCCCCCAGUACGAGGUGCAAUCCUACAAACCAGCUCAGCAGCAGCCGCCACUGCCAGCGCAGUCCAAUGGAACCGUUGCCUUCAACGGAGCUGACUGCUGGAGCCAGCCCUCCUCUGCUCAGCCCAUCGACCCCUUUGAGGCCCAGUGGGUGGCACUGGAGAGCAGGUCCAGGCAGCGCACCUCUCCCUCUCCCACAAACCCCUUCUCCACUGACCUACAGAAAACCUUUGAGAUCGAACUUUAAAAGGCAGACAAGGGGUAAGAUGCCCUUUGCUGCAGAGUGAACUUGUAAACUGGACAGUCAUUUAAAAAAAUAUAUAAUACAAUCUAAAUACUGUACAUAGUGAAGGUGGGAAAUCGGAACGAAGAGCUGCUUGCUUUCAUUUUGUUUUCUUUUUUUAAUUCCCAAAAGCAGCAUCUGAAACCUUUUUCCGACUAGACCCCUGUGGAUGUGUCACAGCGACACUGAUCGUCAAACUGAUCCCAGGGUGGGAUUGGUGGUGUUUUUAAAAGGACCCAUGUGUGCCCUGAAUGGUAUGGUCACCUCUCCAGUCCUUUCUUGUUAGUUAGAGCCCCCUGCAGGCGGAGGUGGGAUACUAAAGCCCCCAUAUCUGAGAGGCCGCAGCACUGAACAGGACACUUAAGCUUCCAUGCUGUUUAGAGGUUUUAAAAAAAAAAAAACAUGGGAGAGAAUGCCAAAAUCUUUAUUUUUAUGCAUUUAGUAUAUUUUAAAUAGUUAUGGAAUUAAACGGAGAUGAGUUGUAAGUAAUCUUGCCAAAGGUGAGGAUUAGCGAUGUGAAAUGUGUAUAUACAGAUUGAUUUAUCACUGAUUCUAUUGUAAAUGGGGGGGGUGGGGGGUAUUUUUGUUGUUGUCCCCUGAUUGGACACCAUUUAGUGUAAGUAGUUUUAAAUUGCAGCAACAAUCAUGACCUGUAAUCUAGCACUGAUGUAUUCUACUUGGAGAGCAGUAUUGUCACAAUGGAUUGAAUCCAGAAGAAGCAUUGUCUUUUAUUUUCAUUUUGUUCUUUUUAACAUUUCCUUUGCCCCAGUCUAUUUUGUGUAGUCUCAAUGUCUUUUUAUGGAUUUUAACACUAUUGUCAAAUUGAAUGGUAUCUGUGUACAUUUUUGUUGUUUUUUUUUCUACAAAAGGAUGUAUAAAAAGAAUUUACACAAACACAUUCAAUAACUAUAAAAAUGGGUACAGAAUUAUCUGCAGCUACAAGCCCCAGAAUCUUCUGAAACCUCCGUUCACCUUAUUCCAUUUGGUUUAUAAAAUGUAAAAUGCAUUUAAAGUAACUUUGAAGGGUUCUGUGACACAUGCACACCCCUCCCUUUUCUCUUUCAAGUACUGUGCUCUGAAUCCUACAGCUAUUUUUUUUUCAACAGAUUAAAUAAAAGAUGGUGGCAGAAACAAA